AUGCGGAGCACACCGUUGGGGACGACGGCGAUAUCACCAGCUAUAAUCAACCACUCCUCUAAUGGUCACUUCUCCUUCUCUCACUUCUCUAUCCAUCGUCGGAGACUCCACUCGUCUCUCUUCCUUCUCUCGCCGUCUAGGGUUUCUAUUUCUCAGUCUCCUUCUUCCAAAUCAGGAGGAGUAUGCAAUGCAAGUCAAAUAGUUGAUCUUUAUCCAGUGGUUUCACCUGAGAUCGUUGUUCGGGAAGCGAGGUUGGAGGACUGUUGGGAAGUAGCAGAGACUCACUGCAGCGCCUUUUUCCCGGGAUAUUCGUUCCCGCUUGAUGUUGUGAUGAGAGUAGAUAGGUUAAUGGCGAUGGUAAUGGGGUUUUCUAUUCCACCAGGAUGCAGGAGGAUUUGUUUAGUAGCUGUUAUAGGUAGCUCGGUUGACGAAACCAUCUGCAUUGGAAGUGGAGAUUUCAAAAUCGGAGCUUUUGAUGCUAAGAUUAGCCUGAACAAAGGUUAUGUAGCUGGAAUCUUGACUGUUGAUACCGUGGCGGAUUUCCUUCCAAGGAAAGGACCUCUCCGCCAAAGAAGAACUGGGAUUGCUUACAUAUCAAAUGUGGCGGUUCGAGAGAGUUUCCGGCGCAAGGGAAUAGCAAAGAGACUCAUAUGGAAAGCAGAGGCUUUAGCCAAGCACUGGGGUUGUCGAGCUAUCGGUCUUCACUGUGAUCUCAACAACUUAGGAGCCACCAAACUUUACAAAGAUCAAGGUUUCAGAUCCAUCAAGAUCCCCGAAGGAGCGACUUGGCCACAACCAAAGACAUCUCCAGACACAAGAUUUAACUUUAUGAUGAAGCUCUUGAACAACAAACAAUACACAAGCCCGUGA